UAUGAAGUGGAAAGUGAGGAAGAUCUAGCAAAAUUCCACUGUGACUUCAGCCAGGCUGGAGAAGAGGAGAGCAGAGUGAAACCCUCAGGCUGCUGAAACUUCUAGACUUUCAGGAAGCCCCUAGAAUUCAGUGAAAAUGAGGAUUUCUUAACUCAAACUUGUAAGGAAAAAGAGACAAACCCUUUUAAUAAUUCCCCCAAGUGUAUGUUACUUUUCUUUACCGGUAUGGUAAGCAAUAGGGCAUAUGCUAGCCUCGGACAUGUCUGUAUGAUCCAAGGUGACCAAAGUAAGGCAGAGUAAACUCAAGCCUGGCAUUCGAUCCCCACCGCUUCAUGUGCUUUGGAAGCAGCAACAGCAGCAGCAGGAGUCACAGCAGCUGGAGCCGCAAGAAUGAACUGCAAAGAGGGAAAUGACAGCAGCUGCGGCUGCGGUGGCAACGACGAAAAGAAGAUGUUGAAGUGUGUGGUGGUCGGGGACGGCGCCGUGGGGAAAACCUGCUUGCUGAUGAGCUAUGCCAAUGAUGCCUUCCCAGAGGAAUACGUGCCCACUGUGUUUGACCACUAUGCAGUUACUGUGACAGUGGGAGGCAAGCAACACUUGCUCGGACUGUAUGACACCGCAGGACAGGAGGACUACAACCAGCUGAGGCCCCUCUCCUACCCCAACACUGAUGUGUUUUUGAUCUGCUUCUCUGUUGUAAAUCCUGCGUCUUACCACAAUGUCCAGGAGGAAUGGGUUCCAGAGCUGAAGGACUGCAUGCCUCAUGUGCCUUACGUCCUCAUAGGGACACAGAUUGAUCUCCGCGAUGACCCCAAAACCUUGGCCCGUUUGCUGUAUAUGAAAGAGAAACCUCUCACUUAUGAGCAUGGUGUGAAGCUUGCAAAAGCGAUCGGAGCCCAGUGCUACUUGGAAUGCUCAGCCCUGACUCAGAAAGGUCUCAAAGCAGUUUUUGAUGAAGCAAUCCUCACCAUUUUCCACCCCAAGAAAAAGAAGAGAUCCUGCUCUGAGUGUCACAGUUGCUGUUUAAUUAUCUGAGGCUGCCAGAGACCCACCUCCACCCAAUCCAAGGGUGAGAAUGGCAGCCAACCAAGCUCCGGCCAAAAAGGAGGGCAUGACCAGACAGAAUUCCCUUCACAACCCAGAGGCUUGUUCCUCCACUCUGUGUGCCCUCCUAGCAUACCAUCUAGUCAGCCAACUGCCACGUCCUCUGCCAUCCAGAAACACCCACAUUGCACACUCUAUGAGAAUGCUGAGCCCAGAUUUCAGACAGUGCCACUGCUGAUCAUGUUGGACACAAAGUCAAAGGCCUUCUUGCAUUUUACGUGUUCUCCUUCCAUGAACAUGAAGCUGACAGGAAAUCAUUGCAGGAAAACCAAAAGAGGAACUGAGUUCCCAUAUCGGUGGCCUUACUUGAUGUCUUUUACAAAACAUGGGAAUACAAUGGUAACCUUUUUUUCUAAAUCUGCUGUUCUACCCAUGUGUCUUACAUUUCUAUUUCAAGAAAUUUACUAAUUUCCUGUUUACUCAAGCCUUACAAAUCCAUACCAAAUUAGCCUAAAGACAAGGUAUUUUAUAUUCAUUUCUAUUUUAAUCAUGUGUCUACCAAAGCUAUUAGAACCAUCCUGUACCUCUGAAUGCCUGAUUACAAGAAGAUACAAGAAGACUUUAAAACUUUUGGAAAUUUACAAAGUUAUGAUUUUUGAACCUGGUGAAAGAAAACAUCAUCUGAAUUGUUGCACGUCAACAUUUUUGCCAAAGAUUCACCCUACAAAUGCUUAAGUUGAUAGGUGGCCUGAUUUUUUUCCAUAUUAUAUUAUCAUGGUAAACUAAAAAUGAAAUAUGUUUAAGAAAGUAGUAUUUCUGCUUUUCAUCCAAAUUGGUUGGGGGAAGGCUAAGUAGAACCCAUCUUUUCAAAUAUUGUUUAUUCAGCCAAGUAGACUUUUCUUCUCUCUCUUCACCAUUGCACACCCUUUUCCUCCUUUGAUUUUAGACACUCUCCCAUGCCAAGCGCCUUUUGAUCUCCCCAGUCAUAACCUGACCUAAAAAAAAGGAGCUGGCCAUUGGGCAUGAAAAAGCAAGUGUUAACAAUACCCAAAGGUAAAGCAAAGUACCUCAAUUUUUCUACUUGCUUCACCUGAAAGUGCUUCUCAGCUUGCCUCAUAUAAGCUCCCAUUCCAUUUAAAUGACACUUUUCAGUUACAACUUGUACUAAUAUAUUGUCUCUCUCUUUCCUUAUUCAUCACCCAAAUGUCUGUUUAAGGGCUAGAUAUGUGGGUACCAAGCUCUAAAUUUGUUUGUCCCCUGCCUUUGAGAAUAAUGUGCUACAUAGAACAGAUACUGGCCUUAGGGAAGUAAAAGCUCCUGGUAAGAAAUCAUGUGCCCUUUCUACGUGACAACUCCAAAUGCCCAGGAAUUCUUAUAUUAUAGAGUGACUUACUUCUAACCUUUUAAUUAGAGGCUAUAAGGGCUUCUAAUUAGUCUUAUUUGCUAUAAGCGCCCUGGAAUCGCCCAGGUAGGCACUGAAUUUUUUAAUUUUAAUUGCGUAAGCAAAGUGCACCUUUGCAGUAUGAAAUUAGACCAAUUUUAGUUUAAGACUUUGCAGAUUCAAGCUUGCUGGUUGGAAAAAGCCAGUUUUUCUAGACCCUUUAUCUACCGGAGGAAGCAUAUAAGAAAAGAAUCAUAUGGUAUGGGUCUUUUCUACCAAGACCUUCCAUGACAGCCCCUCAAUAUUUUGGGUUUUGUUUGUUUGUCUGGAAUUUCUGAAAGGUCUUUUCCCUUCUACAUUUCAAGUACUGUUUUCUUUCUCUCUUAUCUAAUUGCUAAACAUUUUCUAAAAUGCGCGCGCGCACACACACACACACACACACACACACACACACACACACACACACACACGCCACCGCCGCCACCACCACCACCUAAAAGAAAACGGGAGUUUUGUAAGACAAAGCUUGACAUUUAGAGAAAACAAAGACUUUCUGCCUUUAUAAAUGGAAUCAAGUGUGUAUGAAC